GUUUUCAAUCACUUUGGUUCAACUCUAUACUAAACAAACCCACCACCCCUACAUACAGCCCGUUUAGGUGUAUAGGAGGACACCACCACCGUCAGAUACCACCGUCAAGCACCGAAAUGACGUCACGUACACUCCGGCAGAGCCAAGUCUCUGCAACUAUCGAUCUCAUCGGCGAAGACCUUCUUCAGAACAUCGUCGGUAGACUUCCGGCAACCUCUUUCGCCUCCUCCGCUUGCGUCAACCGCUCCUGGAACCUCGUUUGCGAUCGUGUCCUUUCUCGUCCGAAGCUCGCCUCUGCAUGUUCCUUCAAUCCUUCUCUCCAGGAUGCUGUUGAAGAGGUGGUGAAUAAAGUACUAUCAGAGCCGAUUCGUCCUCAUUUUGCCAUUGCUUCUGUUGCUGGUUAUUAUUAUGAAGACGCUUUGGGAGAUGCUCGCCAACUCAUUAAUGCAGCACUAGGCACUCAUGUUCCAGUCAUUAUCAAUCGUCCCCAUGGAAUAAUUGGAAGGGAUGCAAUUUCUGAUGAAUUCAAAGAGAUUGAGUGGUAUAAUCCUAUUGAUGAGAUUGAUGCAAUCAUGUUGAUUGUUGGAUUUCUACCUGGGCUGAAAGCCAAAAUAAUCCCACUUCUGAAGCAAAUUCAAGAGCCACGAGCUGUCAUGAUUGACGAAUUUGUAACAGACAUUAGGGACUUCUCAACUUCGGUUUCAGGGUGUAACUCCCCUGCUGCUGUCAUAAUGAUGUCCGAUAGUUGUUAUGAAAGCAUAAAAGAUGCUAUAGAGAAAUUGGAUUAUGCCAUGUCACCAGAAACCGUCGUUGUUGGUAAUCCUUCAUCUCAGUUUCGAUGUACCAAUGAUGCUGAAUUUGGUACAUCUGCUGCUGUUGCUUUGGUAUUUGCGGUGGAUAUGAAUAAACCUCCUGGUAUAGGAGAAACUCAAUUUCAUGCUGUAUUAUCAAGUGGAUUGUCACCAGUAGGCCCCACAUACAAGGCAACAUCUGUUAAUGGGAAUAAUUUUACGACUAAAAUCACUGCAAGAAGAGAAGGGUCGGGUGAGAAUAUUGACGGUGAAACUAUCUUGAAUCAAGCUUAUGAUGAAAUAGGAGAUCCAGAUCAAUAUCAUGCUCUCCUCAUUGGGGUAACAAAAAAAAGAGAAUACUCCAUUGGUCAAGAAAAUGUCGGAUGUAUGACGUCUCUUGCAUUCCAUGGAGUUCCUUGGAGUUCCCAGGGGGAUUUUUAUGUUCCUGGCGGGGCACUCAAAACCGGUGAUGCAUUCCGUUUAUACCACACAGGUUCUACCACCGCUCUAUCUUCUGCCGCUGCUGUCUCUAGCCAUCUGAGGUCUUUCAAUCAAGGGAGCAACAACACAACCGACGGUGAUAAGACUGAGGUGUUUGGCGGUCUUAUAUUCACUUCUCCUGAUAUCUUUAGCCUUGGCCAGCCAGACAUUAACAGCUCACCGUUUUUGGACAACUUCCCCGGUGUGACUCUUGGCGGGAAUUUUAGUAGCAGCGUGAUUGGACGUCGUGUUUUAACCCCGUACGUUAAAGAAUCUCAUGAACAAAUGGUGCGAUGUUGCGUACACUUUGACUGUAGUGUCUUUUUAAUCAUGUGUUACACUCCUUUGGCUUAAUUAGUGUAGGUUUUGUGUUGGGAUUCGGCGGGAAAAAAUGUUUAUCCUUUUUAAACUCAAGUGAUACUGGUGCUUUUUGCUACUUGUCUUUUUUUUUUUUACAUAACUCAAGUGAUAUUGGUGCUUUUUGCUA